CUCCACCCACUCACUCUUUAUAAGAUCAGUAAGUUCUGCCUGCUUUCUCUUUACAUUCUCUUAGUGAGUUUAUAAGGAAGAGCAUCAGAGUUUCAACAGGUCUCUAGAUUGUUGAUAAUGGAUAAAGGAAUCAUCAUCAAACCUCCACCGUAUUCUGGGCAGCCGUUGGUCCAAGGCAGCGUUCCCUACCCAAUACAGCAGUUUGCUCAACAACCUCAACAAGUUCAAAUGAUGGGUAAUUUCCCCCCACCACCUACACAAGGGACGGUCAUGGCUCCAACCACCAUAACCCAAACAGUCCAGUCUGUAUCUACACCUGGCACAGUUCCAGUGGCGGCAGGAUUUAUCCCACAAGGGCCAGUCAUGGCUUCAUCCACUGUGACUCAAACUGUUCAGUCUACAUCUAUGCCUGGUGUAGUCCCACAGGUGGUAGUGGUGCCCCCCCGUCUGACUGAUGUCUCGGGGCAGAUGAAAUGCCCACACUGCCAGCAACAGGUUGUCACGGAGACGACAUACACAAAUGGUCUGCUCGUCUGGGCCAUUUGUGGAAGUCUUGGCAUUCUCGGGAUCUGGCCAUGCUGUUUGAUUCCGUUCUGUGUGGAUGCCUGCAAGGAUGUAGAACAUCGCUGUCCUAGCUGCAAGACCCUCGUCUACGUGCACAAACGCAUGUAAUUGGUUCUGGACCAAAGCAAAUCUAAACAAAUUACCAAAAAAUAAAUAAAAACUUCAGUAGAACUUAAGAGAAAUCAAAAUAAGAGUGUCCCAAAGCCUUAAAAAAGAAAUGUCAGCCUUAAUGGUAUAGAACUGUUUUAGAUAUAUUUUCAUUAUCACUCACAGACAGACAGACAGACAGACAGACAGAUAGAUAGAUAUUCUAUCAUGAAAUGUCAAAUUUAAACCCUGCGGGAUAUACAGUACAUAUUAAACAAAAUGUAAGUUUUACUUCUUAUUAACAUUUUUGCAUGACAUACAGUAUGUUCAAGCUUAUGUUUAUUUGAUUAAAAUUUUGUUGUUAAUCUAAACAUCUGCAUUGGGUUUUUAUCAAUCACUCAAAAAAAGCAAACACAUGUUCAACACAGACAUAAAAAUA